AUGUCUGCCCCCGAUAUCCCAACCGAGCAAUGGGCCCAGGUCAUCGAGAAGACCGGUGGACCCGCCGUCUACAAGAAGAUCCCCGUCCAGAAGCCCGCUUCUGAUGAGGUUUUGAUCAACGUCAAGUACUCCGGUGUCUGCCACACCGACCUGCACGCCAUGAUGGAUGCCCUUGUCGGUGGCCACGAGGGUGCUGGUAUUGUCGUCGCCCGCGGCGAGCUUGUCAAGGACGUCGAGAUUGGCGACUACGCAGGUAUCAAAUGGCUGAACGGCUCUUGCCUCGCCUGCACUUUCUGCCAGGACGCCGACGAGCCCCUCUGCCCUCAUGCACUCCUCUCCGGCUACACCGUGGACGGCAGCUUCCAGCAGUACGCCAUCGCCAAGGCGGCCCACGUUGCCCGCAUCCCCAAGGACGUCAGCCUCGAGGCCGUCGCUCCCGUUCUCUGCGCCGGUAUCACAGUCUACAAGGGACUCAAGGAGUCCGGCGUCCGUGCCGGCCAGUGGGUCGCCAUUGUCGGUGCUGGCGGCGGUCUCGGAUCCCUGGCUCUCCAGUACGCCAAGGCCAUGGGCAUCCACACCGUCGCCAUCGACGGCGGCGCCGAGAAGGGCGAGAUGUGUAAGAAGCUUGGCGCCACCGUGUUUGUCGACUUCACCUCCUCAAGCAACCUCGUCGAGGACGUCAAGAAGGCCACCCCCGAGGGUCAAGGCCCUCACGCCGUCAUCCUCCUUGCCGUCAGCGAGAAACCCUUCCAGCAGGCCACCAUGUACGUCCGCCCCCGGGGCACCGUUGUGUGCAUCGGCUUGCCCGCCAACGCCUACCUGCGCGCGCCCGUGUUCGACACCGUCAUCCGCAUGAUCACCAUCAAGGGCAGCUACGUCGGCAACCGCAAGGACACAGCCGAGGCCCUCGACUUCUUCCGCCGCGGCCUCAUCAACGCCCCUUUCAAGACUGUCGGCCUGAGCCAGCUCAACGAGGUCUUCGAAAUGAUGAAGAAGGGCCAAAUUGCCGGCCGCUACGUCGUCGACACCAGCAAAUAA